UUUCAGGGCACAAGACACUAAUACUUCUGCUGGUGUAUAAAGUGCAUUGAUCAUUAUGUGUUUUUUGAGGCACUAACAGUCAACCAGAUUUCUUGAAAGAAGCCAGGGUUCAACCUCAGAAACAAGACUGGGCUGCUUGUUCCACACUCCCACCACCCUUUGUGUAAAGCAAUGUCCCCCUGCUCUCUUUUUAAAAUGUUUUUAAAAUAGUUUGGUGUGCCCCGCUUCAGGUCGCACUAUUGAUAAUGAAGACGUCUACUGGGUUGGCUUUGUCAGUGUCUUUGAGAACCUUCCCCACAAGAUGUAUCAAGAUUAUAGAGAAUAGUUUGGUUCUUUUACACUGUCACUUCCAUUGAGUCUAGAAUCCGAUGGCUCGUUUCUGUUGGAAAACUGCUUCUCCUGUUACAAAUGGUCUGUGAAAGCAGGUCCAGUGAUUGAUCUCCUGGCUUUCAAAAGCCACGGACAAUGGGAAAAUGAGGCUGGCACACACUGAGCUGAAGUCUUGAAAGGCUUGGCUCUGGCUGUAGGCAACUCUUAAAUCAGAUCGUAACGGCCCAGAGAGGGGGAGACCACAGUGUUAGUGUUCCUGUGGUUAAAAAGUGAUGCUCUAGAAGCCCAGGGCUGACUCAGUUCUUACCACCUUCCUGGGCCUAAUGGAGGAACCUCGGUUUGAGCAAUAACCUCCUCUUCCCUUUACAAUGACUUUAUGGGACUCCAUGCCAGCUUGACCUGGACACUUUGAGGUGGGACGGGGAUUUUAAAGCUGCUCUGAAAGUACGGUCAAUGUGAAUUACACGUGUUAUUGUGAUGAUCAAAAAGGCCAACGCCGUGCUCAGAUCGACACAAGGCGGCGUUUUCAGGUCUCAGAAGGGGUCACCCUCUUGGCAUUGGGUGAUUGAUGCUUGUCAAGACAGUACAGUGGGGUAACCCCUCCCUAAAAAUCUACUAUGCGUUUUUUUGUUCUGGUGUCCUGGUGGGAUGCCAUUGUUUCUUAAAGACCUACAAAUUAGAUAUCAGUUACAAUGCAAUCAGGUAAUAAAUACAAAGAUUCAUGCUUGAGUUUUUAGACACAAAGACAGUUUUCAGGCCAUCAAAGAGUUUCCUGUGGUCUGAGGGACUGGCUUCCUUUUCAUCUGCAGUCUGCACGAGAGCAGUCUUUGGAAACUGUGUCCGUAUGUAAAUGUGACAGUCUGAUAGUGACACAUACUACAUUGUACUGGACAGCCCUGAAGACGGCAACAUGCACUACACAAGGAGUCCGAUCGGAUCACAGCCAGAAGCCAAUCGCUCCGGGGUCCAGGAUGAGGGGUUAUAUGAAAAUGUAAGCAUUGGAUCUCUCCCGGCCAAGACAGUGCCCUCUCCUGGCCCGGCAGUGCCUCCAGUGAGACCUGAGCCCAGCUCUCCGCCCUGCAGACGGACUGCAGUGUGUCUGGCGCUGCUGUGUGCUGUCCUGCUGGCUGCCAUCAUAGCCCUGUGUGUCUACUAUUACACAGGUUCUCGGGCUGGGAUGAAGGGUGAACUGGAUGAGCUCAGAAGCAAGGAUAGCACGUUGGCAUAUAAGGUGGGCCAUAUUGAGAGACUGAAGGAGCAGAUCGCCAGACUGACGCAGACCCUCACCAAGCUGAACGAGACGUACUCUGGGCUGGAUUUUUACUGUCCCGUCACUGGCCAGACCACGUGGGAGGGAGUCUGUGUCUGCUGUCCUGAGGGCUGGAAGCAAUUUAAAUCCAAGUGUUACUACUUCUCCACUGAUCUGCUGAACUGGACUGACAGCCGAGCUGCUUGCAGGAAGCAGGGGGCUGAUCUGCUGACGAUAAGGACCCAGGAGGAACAGGAGUUCAUCUGGAACCGUCUCGACAAACGUAACUACUGGAUCGGCCUGACUGAUGCAGCGGCAGAGGGGAUCUGGCUCUGGGUGGAUGGCACUCAUCCGAACCCCAGCUUCUGGAGGAAAGAUCAGCCGGAUGAUUACCACAAUGAAGACUGUGCCACGAUAGACUCAGAUCCACCUGCUGCUCCCCACGAGAGCUGGAAUGAUUUAACUUGUACCAAGAAGCAGCUGUGGAUCUGUGAGACCAGCCUCUUCGCAGGGUCUGCGUAGGCAUCCUAGUCUGUUUGAGUCUCUGCUUGGUGCAUCUCUAACCCCUGCAUGGGGGAGUGAUUGGCCUGUGCUGCACGAACUGGGGCUCUCGGAAAGGGUCAAGGGUCACGCUCACUUGACAAGCUCUAAGCUUUGGGACCACAGAUUAGGCCACAGCUGUGGGAUGUAAACAAGCAAAAAUGUCCCAAGUCUUCUUUUUCACAGUCUGGCUCUUAUUUUUUUCCUAUGCUGUAAGUCUUUGUUUUUUAUUAAGUCUGUGCAAGGAGACCGGUGGGGUGUGAGAUGUGACCGGGUUGUGUAGCAGGAAGGAGGCACUUUGGGAAAUGGUGUAUUUUCACCUCUCUGGCCCCCCGCCUGCCUGACGAGCUCUGGAAACUGCCCCCGCUGUGGCCUGGGUGUGCUGGAAUGGAUUGAAUAAAGAUGAUACUGAU